CUCGCAGGCAGCGACCAGAACGCGUAGCGACACGCUUCCCCCGCACACUACCCACGAUGCCAAGCUCAGGCCUGCGAUCUCCCUCAACGCCGCGCUCGAGUGCACCAUCGCCGCGCCCGACGUUUGACUCAGACUUGCUGCGCGCGUACAUGAAGAAGCUGCUCCAGACGACGCUGCAGAACGCGUCUUGGCCGGACUCACGAGAACGAGAGCGGGUGAAGGCGUGGAUGAAGGAGAUUGGGGAACGCGUCAAGGAGAGGAUGAUUGAAAUCCAGCCUCGCGGAUUCAAGUAUAUUGUGAUGACACAAAUAAACGAGAACCUGGGCCAAGGUGGCCGGGCGGACAUGGUUUGCCAUUGGGAAGACUCAGAUGCAGUUGCACAAGAGAUGUACUCGAAUAAUUCUAUCAUCUGUAUUUGCGUUGCCUUUGCCGUACGGACAAUCUGACGUACCACACCACUAUUUGCUUGACUCUUCUACUCAUCCGUCCAUCAACUUGCAUACCCCGCUGCCGCUGCGAUUGUAUUAUGGAGAUACCCGUGCCGUCUGUGCAUUCUUACCUGCAAAAUGGAACUAACCUCCACGUAUUUGGACAAUGAUGUCGUCAACCCGCAAGACAUCAGACUAUCUGUAUUACUGCCUCCUCCGCUCCAUCUGCCGUGAGAAGCCGUGCACUAUCUGCAUUGUUCGGGUGCCAAUUGCAAUGGUCGGUACAAUACGUCAGACUCGUCUCAUAAGGUACUA